GUCCCUGCUGAGCCAUCUCUCUGGCCCUAGAAACUUAUUUUCCCAGAGACUCUGACCUCCACCUUCGAUGAUCGUGGUCCACAGAAAAGGAGAUGACAUGUACAGCUGCAGCCUGAGGCUCAUAAUGGUCAUAAGGACUUUAAAGCCUUUGUCUCUAGCAGUUUAAGGAUAGGCAGGCCUGCCUUUCUCCUGUCCUUAUUCUACCUGGCUAUAUUUGUACCUCUGGGCCUGAACCACCAGCUAUUGCCACUGACCUAGGAAGGGCCUGGGCAGAAGCCAUGGGGAGUCAUGAGGUAAAUUUCUUCAGGAUGUAAAUGACUCUCACCUUCAGGACUAAUACAGUCCUAACACACAACAUGGCCUUUGUUUUAAAGGAAUAACUGAGGAAAGCCAAGAGAGACACAAAUCAUCUUUGAGUUCCCAUGAAACCCUGAGCCAGAAAUUUCCAUGUUUCUGCCUACAAGCUGUGAAGAAGAUGGGACUUGAAGGAGGGGUGGUGUGGGUUUUUCUGACAGCUAGAGGUUAUAGCACUUUCAGGCUUCUGUUCAAAGGCAGACUAGUUAGAAAUAGGAAUACCUGGGCUCUUUCCCCCACCCAUAAACAGGACCAUGGGAGUGAGGCUUAAGGUAUCUGUUUUUCACAAUUAGCUCACUGUUAGCCAGGGGCUGGGUUGGGGACCAGAGUGCUAAGCAGGACCCCAAGAAUCUCUUGGAAAGCGAUCGCCUCCAGUCAUUUCCUGGAGCACAUCAAACCCCACCUCCAGCCAUAGUGGCCACCCAGGCUUGAGUCCUCAGCACAGCAGUUGCUCCACCCUCCCCACCCCAGUGCUACCUGUCAGACCUGAGCUACAGUGAGCUGAUACAGCUAGAGAGCAGCUGGCACUCAAGUGCAGGCAAGCUCCCUGUUGAGACCUGGGCUGCUGGCCAUGCUCUGGGUCCUCUGGCCAAGGUGGCUGGUAGGCAAGGGGCUGCCCCUUGUCGGGGCAGAACUACUGCAGAAGAGAGAGAAGGGACCACAAUGGAGUUGCUGGCGGAGGGAAACCCAUCCAUACUAUGACCUCCAGGUGAAGGUGCUGAGGGCCAGAAACAUCCAGCACACAGACCUCUUGACCAAAGCUGACUGCUAUGUGCGACUGUGGCUGCCCACAGCCUCUGCUAGCCCUGCCCACACAAAGACAGUGGCCAACUGCAGUGACCCAGAGUGGAACGAGACCUUCCACUACCAAAUCCACGGUGCUGUGAAGAAUGUCCUGGAGCUUACCCUCUGUGACAAGGAUAUCCUGGGAAGUGAUAAGCUCUCCAUUCUACUGUUUGACCUGAGGAGUCUCCAGCCAGGCCAGCCUCACAGGCACACCUUCCAUCUGAACCAACAGGAGUCACAAGAGCUGGAGGUGGAAUUUACUCUGGAAAAGAGUCAGGUGCCUGCAUCUGAAGUCAUCACCAACGGGGUCCUGGUGGCUCACCCCUGUCUGAGAAUCCAGGGCACACUCAAGGGAGAUAAGACAGCCUCACAUCAAGAGUAUGGCUCAAGGCAGAUCCAGUUGUCAGUGCCUGGGGCCUAUGAGAAGCCACAGCUAGUACCCCUGCAGCUGCCCACAGAGUCAGGCCUACCCACCUUUACCUUCCACGUGAACCCAGUGCUGAGCUCCAGGCUGCAGGUAGAGUUGGAAGAGAAGCUGGUAGUUCUACAGAGUGACCCAAGUGAUGAGCUGGAGGCUCAGACCAGCAAGCUGGGUGAGAUGGGCAUCCUGCUGUCUUCUCUGCCCCUCAGCCAGAAGGAACAAUGCCUUGUGGUACUGGAGGAGGGCCAGGAGGUACCUCUGAGUGUGAAGGCAGAAAUGAGCUCUGGGGACCUGGACCUACGCCUUGGCUUUGACCUCUGUGAUGGGGAGCUGGAGUUUCUGGACAAGAGGAAACAGGUCGUGGCCAAGGCUCUGCAACAAGUUAUAGGAUUGAGUGAAGCUCCACAUUGUGACCAGGUGCCUGUGGUGGCUGUGUUAGGCUCUGGAGGUGGAACCCGAGCCAUGACUUCCCUGUAUGGCAGUCUGGCUGGGCUACAAGAGCUGGGCCUCCUGGAUGCUGUGACCUACCUGAGUGGGGUCUCUGGGUCCACCUGGUGCAUCUCCACACUCUACAAGGACCCAUUCUGGUCCCAGGUGACUUUGCAGGGACCCAUUGAGCAUACCCUGGCUCAGGUCUGCAGCAGUAAGAUGGGGGCACUGUCCACAGAGCAGCUACAAUACUACUCUCAGGAACUGAGGCUCCGGGAGAGCAGUGGCCACAGUGUGUCCCUUGUUGACUUCUGGGCCCUCCUCAUUGAGUAUUUCCUGAACCGAGAGGAAAAUCCUGCCAAGCUGUCAGACCAGCAAGAAGCAGUGAGCCAGGGUCAGAACCCUUACCCCAUCUACGCCGGCAUCAACGUCCACACCAACAUCAGUGGGGAGGACUUUGCAGAGUGGUGUGAGUUCACCCCCUAUGAGGUCGGCUUCCCCAAGUAUGGGGCUUAUGUUCCCACCGAGCUCUUUGGUUCUGAGUUCUUCAUGGGACGGUUAAUGCAGCUCAGGCCAGAACCCCGUAUCUGCUACCUGCAGGGUAUGUGGGGUAGCGCUUUUGCAGCCAGCCUGGAUGAGAUCUUCCUGAAGACCGCAGGCUCAGGCCUGAAUUUCCUGGAAUGGCAUAGAGGCAGCGUCAAUGUCACAGAUGACUGCUCAAAGUUCCAGUUGCAGGACCCCACAAGGCUGCGCACCAGGCUCUGUACCCCACAGGGCCCCUUUUCCCAGGCUCUGCUGGACAUAUUCACCUCCCGCUUCACUUCUGCCCAAAACUUUAACUUCACCCAGGGCCUCUGUCUGCACAAGGACUAUGUGGCUAGCAGGGAGUUCAUGGCCUGGAAAGACACACACCCUGAUGCCUUCCCCAAUGAGCUCACCCCCAUGAGGGACUGCCUGUCCCUAGUGGAUGGAGGCUUUGCCAUCAAUUCACCAUUCCCACUCAUCAUACAGCCCCAGCGGGCAGUGGACCUCAUUGUGUCCUUUGAUUACUCCUUGGAAGCCCCUUUUGAGGUCUUACAGAUGACAGAGAAGUACUGCCUGGAUCGAGGGAUCCCCUUCCCCAGGAUUGAGGUGGGCCCUGAGGACUUGGAGGACCCCCGUGAGUGUUACCUGUUCACCAAGGCGGAGGACCCCCGCUCGCCCAUCGUGCUACAUUUCCCCCUUGUCAACCGGACUUUUCGCACACAUCUGGCCCCAGGUGUAGAGCGGCAGACAGCUGAGGAGAAGGCCUUUGGGGACUUUGACAUCAAUGGGCCAGAUACCCCCUAUGGCAUGAUGAACUUCACCUAUGAGCCCAAGGAGUUUGAUCGGCUGGUGGCCCUGAGUCGAUACAAUGUUUUGAACAAUGUGGUGACUGUGAAGCAUGCCUUCCAGCUGGCUCUGGAUCGGGGACAGGCUAGGGGAAGGGUUGGUAGCUGACCAGGUGAGAGUCAGAGGACUGAUGUGGAGAGGUGAUGUAGGACUUGGGGCUUGCUUGCUGUUGGAGGAACAGAGAACCUUAAGGAGUUUCUGUUUUCUGCCUCUCCAGAACCUGACUGAGGUCCCCCAGGCCCAGAAUAUCUUGCAUGAGCUUAGGGCAAACCCAUCCCGUUUCUUAGAGAAGAUGGAGUGUUCUAUCUCUCCAGGGGUACUGCAGGGAUACUGGGCAGGAGAAAGCAGAACUCAUACUACAGUGUGGAGAGAACAGGCAGCAGUCUCAUGACAGGGCCCAUUUUCACACAGAAGAACCUCUGAACAUCCAGGCACUCAGAACCUUACCACAGAGAAAGUUGUGAGCUGAGGUACUAGCUGCCCUCCUUACACUGAGAUUGGGAACAGAGAUGCAGCUGCCCAUACUUCCACAAAGUGGCCCCAGCCCUGGUCCCAAUCCAGAGCUUCUGAACUCACUGUUGUUAAGAAUAAACAGGAGCCACAUGA